CGCCGUAGCUUUCAGCUAAAGCAAACUAGCCAAACCGACGCUGCAGGGAGACUCCGGUGAUGUGGCUAGAUAACAAACUCCGAUUUCCAAUAAUUAUGGCUUAAUUUAAAAGAUUUUAUGCCGAUGAACAGUGUCGCUGUGAGCUGGAGCGUUGACAUUUUCUGAAUAUUUUAACCGCCGAACCGGUAACUAAAGGUGCUAAUUGUGGCUAACUUAACCCGAGACACUGGCGGCGGCAGCUCCAAGGUGGUCGUUGUUAUUGUCCUGGAUGUGUUCAAAACGGGUAUAUUGAACCUAAAAGUGAGUGUAGUGGCAGUUUAAAUUAAUAGUUUAAUAGACAAUUAGGGCUCGUUUUAGCCGACUAUCUAACUACGUGUUUUUACGCUGUUUUUUCUGUUUCUGUUAAGGGCUGAACGGGUGUGUCUCUAAUUCGUCUAGGUGAACUUGUUCUUCAGCACAGGUGAAUGUGUUGGGCGAAGUUUCUUAUUCGUCUUCAGUUCAGACAAAAGAUGGUGUUUGCUUGCGACUAGAAGAGGUUUUUGCAAAGAUGGUAUUGCCUUUAUACCGAAAGUGGUCGCUUUCAUAUUGAGUGAGCACUCAGUAGUUUGUAUAUGUGAAUUUGAGUUCACUUAACCUGUAAGUUAAGUUAGUUCAGGUUUAGUUUUAGGCCGAAAGGUUCUGUUUUCUCCUCUUCAGUUGUGUAAAGUUGAACAAAAAAACCAUGACAGCUGUUGUAGGACGUGCGUUGGCUUGGGUGAGCCCAGGAAACUUGUAUCGCCCUUGGGGCAGCAGAGCCAAACCAGAAAAAUCUGAAAAAGCCUUCCCAAGUGAGGGUCAGCUGAAAAGCAGGUGGAGCCUGUGGGGGUUGACCUCGUGGGUUUGGGGCAGGCAGAAGAAUCAAAGUGACCAAAAGACACCGACAGAGGAGUUCUGGGAGGCACAGGAGACGUACAAACCCUUAGAAAUAGAAGACCUGAGACCAGAAACGGCGGCUCCACAGAGUGCUCCACGCUGGUGGAGCAGGAUGCUUCCUUCUGCUUAUUUCUUUUGGCCAAGAGCAGCCAAAGCUGAUGGACUCCUGCAGAGAAAGUUCGCCGGCUGGAACGAGACCUUGGAAAGAGACUUUGACACCAAAGAUGGAGAGCUUUCAGACUAUGGUACCCCUCCACCGUCUCCCACACCUCUUUCAAAGGGGCCAUCUCCAUUUCAGGUCUUGGCCCGCACGUGGACUGGAGAAAUCCUUCCAGAGCACUAUGAGAUAUGCUUCAAUUUUCUUCGCCACCUCUUUGACCUGUUUGUGGUUGGAUUCCUCUGGACAGUCUCCCCGCCUACCAAGUUGGUUCUUGAUGUCCUCGGUGUGCAGGGUGGCCUGAAACUGUGGCUUCAUGGCAUGGCCAUGUUUUUUGUGUCUUCUGUAGGCAUGGCUGGUCUGCUGUGGCUGGUUCAGGAGUACCUGCCUCAGUUCGCUUUGGUUUAUGGCAUCGUUCAAGCCCUGGUCAUUUCUGUCAGCCUGCGACAGAGUGUGAUCCUGGGAGCGGAGGAUGAGGGGAUAGAUGGAAGGGAUAAAGAUGAGGAGGAGGAGGAGGAGAAGGAUGAUGAACAGAAUGGAACCAGUUAUGGCACCACGGAAUAAAUGAAUGGAUGUGCCUUGGAAAAAGUCACUUUUGGUUACACCUUUCUCUGUCUUCUCAGGCUGUCUAUGGCAUGAGGAGUCCUGUGCCUAGCUGUGAUAUAGCUACAUACUGACCACUUGAAAAGAGCCAACCAGGACUGAUUAAGGCUGUACGAUGUCACUGAGCAUCUGAAGAGGACAUUAACUUUACCAGCAAUCCUUAUUCUCAGUUUAAUGUACACAUUCUCUACAAAACCCCUAAUCUACAAGGCACAACCUUUCCUUUUACCACACUUGUAAUCUACUUUAUAUAAAACUCUUAAGAGAAAAAGUGCAAUGGACCAGAAGACGGACGAUCUGUCUUCAGCAUUACUGCCAGUGUGACUGUGAGAUGUUGACAUUCACUGGAAAGAAACUCUUCAGCGCGUGAGGAACAGAGAGAGGGUUCCCUGCCGCUACUUUUUCGAGAUCGUUUUACCCAAAAACUUCUAUGGGAAUUUACAGAGCUGUUUGUUUUUAUCCUUUUGAAAGAGUUGAUUUGGAAGGGAAAGAUUACCAGACCUGAAUGUGGAAUGGUGACUCUAUAGGUGUUAGGGUUUCUUAUCACCACCAGCUAUUUAACUUCAGAUGUGUUCUUUUUAAUGCGACAUUGCCUGACUCAAACAUUUACUACACUCCAGUUCCAGUAUUUGUCUUUCAGUGUACUUUCCCUCAUUUGUGUCAUUACAGUAAAGAUAUGCUGUUUAUGCUUGUAUUUACCCAGCAAGUCCAUAAACAUGAAGUUUUAUUUCAUAAGGGUACUUGGGAUCUUUGUGGUCAGUAGGCCUUAGUGCUGGGCGGUAUAGAUAAAUUUCAACAUAGCAAUGUUUUCCAAAUGUAUGACACUCUUAUGGCGUCAGAUGGUAUCAAUUAUUAAUGCUAAAUUAGCAUUAAUAACGUUAAUGAACCCACACCUCUUGAGUACUGCUACUCUGUCCUUCAUAGCUUGGUUGGAGCUGCUCCUAAGUUUACACUAAAGGGAAUCUUAUACAGUGCUGUAAAUGUUAACCAGGCAGAAAACCAUGCAAGCCUGUUUCUGCUUGAAAGUCAUAACGUGAAAGUGUUUCAUAGUUAUGACUUAAUAUCACAUAAAAAUGCCUUACUAUCUCAUAAUAAUCAUACUAUCUCAGAAAUAUAAUUACUGUCUCAUAAUUAAUAUCUCAUGAAAUUGAGAUAGUAUCUCACUAUGACUUAAUAUCUCAUAAUAAUGCUUUGCUAUCUCGUAAUAACAAUACUAUCACAGAAUUAUAAUGGCUAUCUCAUAAUGUCUCAUGAAAACGAGAUAGCAUCUUACUCUGACUUAAUAUCUCAUAAUAAUGAUACAAUCUGCGAUUUAUAAUAGCUAUCAUUAGUAUCUCAUGAAAACGAGAUGGUAUUUCAUUAUGACUUAAUAUCUCAUAAUAGUGCUUGACUAUCUCAUAAUAAUGAUACUAUCUUAAUUAUUGCUAUCUCAUAAUUAGUAUCUCAUGAAAACGAGAUAGUAUCUCAUUAUGACUUAAUAUCUCAUAACAAUGAGUUUCUUAUAGUUUUUGAUAUACUAUCUUAUGAUUAUGACCUGCUAUCUCAUUGUGGCAUCUCAUAUAUUAAGUAGUUGGGUGCUAAAUCAUAAAUUAGAUACUUUCAUUAUUGUGAGUUAUUGAGUAAUAAUUAUGAGAAACUUUCUUAUGAAACUAAUUUAUUAAAUUGUUAAAAAAACAUUUUAAUAUGGUACAAAAUAGGCUUCCAUAUAAAACAUUUGCAGAAAGAAAAAUAAAUGUUUAGUUUUUUGUCUGAUUCUACAAUCUGAAGCACAGAGGAAGUGGCAUGCUUUACAGUUAACUAGGUUUUAACUACGUUACAGUUAAGUUUUAGUUAUUAGUACCGCUUAAAUGAAAUCAGUAGCAAACCAAUAUACCGGUACAGUUGAAAUAUCGCCUACCACUAAUGAUCCUAAUGAAAUGAUAGGCUGUAAUCACCUCUGCAAGGCAGCCAGACUUUGACCACCAUGUUACACCAUAUUGUAUUAAUGCAUUAUUUUUUGUUAUCAUUACUGUUGUGUUCUUACGCUACAUUUCCUGUUUAAUGAUUCUGAUCUUUGAGUAAUUCCUCAAAAUCAUUAGGUUUGUUUUUUUCUGUGCUUUGAUGAGAUGAACUGCAUGUUUUGUUCUGUUCAAGUUCAGUUGUUUAAUCUCACAUCAUAGCUGUUUUAUCUGUUGGUUACCUUUCUCAUGUUUUUCUGUACACUCUUUUGGUCACUACGUGCCUCACAUUAUAUGUAAUGUGUUGUCAGCGAGGGUUUGUCUUAUAGCCACAUGUUUCACAGCACUACACACUUUAUUGUUUGCAGAUAAACAUGAUUGCUUGGAUGUCUGUGCAAUUGCUUUCCUCUUUAUUACCCUUUUUCUAAGUGUCCACCAUGCGUAUAGCAUUGCAUGGUUAGUGGUAUGAUAUUCUAGAGCAUCAGAAUUUCUAUCACAGUAAAUAUCAUUUUUGAAAUGCUCUGUUGUCAUGUGUACCUCCAAUACCUCCUGUGUCUGACACACCUGCACAUGUCAUAGCAUAGUUACUGCUUAUUAAGAUAUUUUCUUUUGUAACUGUGUCACUGCUCAGUGAAAUAUAAUAGUUAAGUGCAUAGAAAUACUGUGUACACUUGGUCCUGUAUGGGACUGGAUGGACAUGUGAUGGGACAGACAAUAUGAGCCUUCAGUAACACUUUAUUCAGAGUGGUCCUUUGUAGAUUAUUAAUAAACUCUUAACAGAUUAUCAAUAACACAUUAACAACGUAUCAGUGAAGUAGCAGCAGU